ACGUGUUUGUGCGCGACCGUGUGCGCCGCGCGUUCGUGUGCGUGUGUGUGCGACCGUGUUUUUUCGUUCGUAGAAUCCGGCCGCCGCCGCCGUAACGUUUGCCCGCGUGCGUAUGUGUGUGUGCGCGCGCUCGCGCUAGCUCGUGAAUCGGCGCUGUGCCUGUGCGUGCGUCAGUGUGUGUGCGUUAUCCGCCUCCGGUAAUUCGACUCCUUCAGUCUAUUCAAUAAUAUUGUUGUUGUCGCACACACGCCGCGCGAUCGGCGGUACAGCAAAACAGUUUUUUUAUGAUUAUUAUUUUUAUUUCGAUUAUUAUUUUUCCGCCGAUAGAUCGUUUUGGUUCGCAUUUCUAUAAUAGUAAUUAAUAAUAUAUUGUGCGCUGCUACAGUAGAUAAUAACUAAUAAUAAUAGUGUAUAUUUAUUUUUUGUUUUAUAGUCCGCGUGCGUGUCGUGCAUUGUUUUUCGCCGAUUUCGUUGUGUUUUCGUGUCAUCGUGUCGUGAUACAAUAUGGUCCGCUGCUCGGGGAAAGUUGUGAGAUGACGACGCCGUCGUCGUCGUCGUUUUGUGUCGUUUUGAACACACCACAGUCGCAGCAGAUCGCCGGUGUCCAUUGAACAAACGUGAACGGGUCGCCGCCGUCGUCGAUCAGAUCGGUUCGUUUUUGUGCGCGUGAACGCGAUGCUGCCGGACGCAGUGGCGUUAUUACCGACGACGAUAAUCGCCGUUAACCGACGCUGUUGUCAUUCGCCAACGAUCGUCAAAGUCUAAGAGAAGAGAAGUCCGCCGUGUUUACCUCAGUCCGUCCGUUUUCCGCGGCCUCUAUCACUCGACCGCCAUGUCUUGAUACUACGGACGCGCCAUGCCGUUCUCCGGGCACGAGGAAUAGACUGUUUAUAUGGUCAUCUAUCAACAUAUGUCUUCCAUAUUCCCAUGUACUGGAAAAACCAGACGUCGUACAAUGCAGACCACCCAUCGUCUGUGGGUAACACUUUUCUAUUUGGCAUGUCUAAGUGUAAGUUAUAGUCAUUCCAAUAUAAUAAAAAUAUUCAAAGACGAUGAUUCGACGCCAAUGUUCAACAACCUUGUCAUUGACAAGAACACUGGGCGCUUAUUUGUGGGUGCCAUCAAUCAUCUAUAUCAACUUACACCUGAUCUCAAUGUAACUAAUCAAGUAGUUACUGGCCCCAUUGAAGAUUCUUUUGAAUGUGGGGCCAAUAUGUGUCCUAACUCCACUAUUAAAAACUUAACUGAUAAUGUAAAUAAAGUACUUGUUAUCGAUUAUACUACAUCCAGGAUAAUCACUUGUGGAUCAGUUUCACAAGGUAUGUGUACAGUUCGAAAUUUAAAUAACAUGUCUGAUACAGUACAAUUAGUUAAAGAAGCAGUGGUCGCAAACAAUAUGGAAGCAUCUACUAUCGCUUUUAUUGCACCAGGACCUCCAAAUCCACCUAUGACGCAAGUUAUGUAUAUUGGAGUUACAUUUACCGGAAAUUCUCCUUAUCGUUCUGAUGUUCCAGCUAUAUCUUCUAGAAGUUUAGAUAGUCAAAAUAUGUUAAACAUUGCUCACGUUGGAGUAAUUUCUGGUACUCGGGUAUAUGUAAAUACUCUGAACCGUGAACGAUAUCUCAUUAAUUAUGUUUAUGGUUUUAGUUCUGAAACUUUCAGUUACUUUUUAACAACACAAAUGCGUAGUGUAACAUCUCCUUCUCCAUACAUAUCUAAAAUGGUAAGAUUAUGCCACGAAGAUAAAAGUUAUUAUUCAUAUACAGAAAUUCCACUGGAGUGUACUAGUAAAGAACAGUCAUAUAAUUUAGUACAAGCUGGGUAUGUGGGUAAAAUUGGCUCAGACUUGGCUACAGAUCUUGGUAUUACUCCUCAAGAUGACGUUUUAUUCGCCGUAUUCUCAAGUAGUAAUCAAAGUGAAAGUGAAUUAAAAAACAAACCUAAUGACCAAAGUGCACUAUGUGUUUAUUCACUAAAGGCAAUACGAAGAAAAUUUUUACAAAACAUUAAUGCAUGCUUCAGUGGAAAAGGGAAUCGAGGAUUGGAUUUUAUUUCACCUAGUCAUGCAUGCGUUGGAACCAAACUUCAGACAAUUACCGAAGAUUUUUGUGGUAUGGACGUGAAUACUCCUUUAGGAGGCGAUUCGCCUAUGACAGCUAUUCCAGUUUUAACGUUCAAUACUCGUCUUACUGCAGUAACUGCAACUUCUACUGGUGAUUUUACGGUUGUAUUUGUUGGAACGAACAAUGGCCAUGUCAAAAAAAUAGUGGUUGAAAGUUCUGUAAAAGCUAUUGAAUAUGGAGAUAUAGUUAUUCAAGAAAACUCACCAAUAAAUCAAGAUUUAAUAGUUGAUCCUCAACAAAUGCAUCUAUAUGCAAUGACCAGAAACCGAGUUUCUAUGAUUAAAGUUCAAGAAUGUCAUAUGUAUUCAUCAUGUUUAGAUUGCUUGGCUGCAAAAGAUCCUUAUUGCGGAUGGUGUUCAUUAGAGAAUAAAUGUAGUUUACGCUCAAAUUGUGAAGAUGCAGCAAAUGAUCCAUUAUAUUGGAUACCAUACAAAAGUGGAAAGUGCACAACAAUAGCUUCUGUUACACCAAGUCAACUUCAAAAGACCACAGCGCGAACAUUGGAAUUAGUUAUUGAUAAUUUGCCAUUGCUUGAAGGUCCAUUUUUUUGUGCAUUUUCAGCGUUUGAUAAAGUGUUGAUCACAGAUGCUACUAGAAAAUCAUUUGGUGUAAAUUGUACAACACCACGAACAGAUUUACUACCAUUUAUACCAGCCAACCAACAUCAUUUUACUACAAAAUUGUCUGUAAAAACAGCCAAGGGACCAAACUUUGUUGCCACCAAUUUCACAUUCUUUGAUUGCAGUACUUAUACAUCGUGUACACAAUGUGUUAAUUCUUCAUUUCCGUGUGAUUGGUGUGCUGAAGCUCAUAGAUGUACGCAUGACACGGCAGAAAAUUGUAGAAAUGACAUUUUAGUUACUGGUGUAAAUCGUGUUGGUCCUAGUUUCCGAAGUGGACCAUCAUUUUGCCCAACAAUUAAUGGAUCUGAUACAGGAAGUACUGAAAUUUUGGUACCUUCUGGUAUUAAAAAACCUAUCCGAGUAAAGGUACACAUAAUUGGCCAAUUUAUUGCUCAAACACGUUUUGUAUGCCAAUUUAAUAUAGAGGGUCGUGUUUCGAGUGUAAAUGCGGCAUUAGUAGCGGACACCAUAUAUUGUGAAACGAUGGAGUUUAGUUAUAAUUCACACUUUUCUAAUAUCACGGCGACUUUUGCUGUGAUUUGGGGAGGAUCUAAACCAUUGGAUAAUCCACAUGACAUUCAUGUUGUCAUUUAUAGAUGUAGUGAUAUGGCUGAUGACUGUGGUAUGUGUUUAGCAUUGCCUGAAAAGUAUAAAUGUGGAUGGUGUCAAGCCACUAAUAGUUGUGAAGUUAUAGAUCAAUGUGACAGAGCAGUUGUUACGUGGCUCAAUCGAAACAAGACUUGUCCGAAUCUUCAAAUCACAUCAUUUUGGCCACUUGCUGGACCGUGGGAAGGUCACACAAAUAUUACAAUUAUUGGAAAAAAUUUAGGAAAAAGUUUUAAUGACAUAUAUAGUGGUGUUACUGUGGCUGGAUUAAGAUGUGCUCCGUAUGCACAUUUGUAUGAAACUACCAGAAAAAUAGUAUGUAGAGUUGAUGGACCCGGCAGUGAAGAUAUAAGAGAAGGUCCAAUUGUGGUUCAAGUUGAAGGAUUCAGAGGUGAAUCUAAAACAAAUUAUCAUUUUGUUGAUCCCAUCAUAAAUAGUUUUUAUCCUGGUUAUGGUCCAAAAUCUGGUGGAACAACUCUUAAAAUAGUAGGAAAGUUCAUGAAUGCUGGAAGUAAUAUUCAAGUAUUCUUCGAAAACAGUUUACCAUGUAUUGUUGUCAAUAGUACAUUCUCUGAAACUACUUGUAUUACAAGUGCUUCUGAUGCUCAAAGAGUUGGAAAAAUAAAAAUGUUAUUUGAUAAGUCUGAAAGAAAUUUUGAUCGACAAACAUAUGAGUACACUGAUGAUCCUAGUGUUGAAUCUGUUGAAUCAGGUUCUCCCAGCCAAGUAAAAGUUCCUAAAGGCAUUGUAUCUGGUGGUAUAAAAGUUUCAGUUAAUGGUAAAAAUUUCGCAUUUGUUCAAACUCCUCGUUUGUAUGUUUAUUAUAUGAAUAAUACAUAUUUUGGGGAUUGUUUUGUACUAAGUAAUUCUAAUUUAAUAUGUGAGUCACCUAAAGUUACACCACUUCAACGAAUUCAAGCUAAUUCUUCUAACCCACCAAUAGAGUUGGACUAUGGAUUUGAAAUGGACAAUGUAACAAGUGUUCAAAAUAUAUCAUCAAAAACAGGAUUUUCAAAAUUCUUACUUUACCCAGAUCCAAAUUACACAAAAUUUGAAGAUGUUCAAGGGGAAAACAUAAAAUAUUACAAAAGUGACUAUUUAACUAUAAAUGGCCAUUACUUGGAUCGAGCUUGCCAAGAAACUGACGUUACAGUGCAAAUUGGGACAAGUUACUGUAACGUGACUUCUUUGUCUCGAAAUCAACUCACCUGUAAACCACCGCCUAUUCAACCAUUAGCAGUAUCUGAUGAUUUUCGGUUGUCCAGCUCUCAAGAACUUCCAGAUGUAAUUGUAACAGUUGGGUCAAGUCUGAAGUUUAACAUCGGGAAACUUAGCUAUGCUCAAUCUGAAGUUAAUAGCCCUUUGACAAAUCCUGCUCUAUUUGGGGGUAUCAUUGGUAUGGCUAUAAUUGUUAUUAUUUUCAUUGCCUUUUUGAUCGCAUAUCGCCGCAAAUCGACUGAAAGUAGUCGUGUCUUAAAAAAUAUGCAAGAACAGAUGGACAUAUUAGAACUACGUGUUGCGGCAGAAUGCAAAGAGGCGUUUGCUGAACUUCAAACAGAAAUAACAGAUAUAGCUGGUGAUCUUACUUCGGGUGGUAUUCCAUUUUUGGAUUAUCGUACAUAUUCAAUGAAAAUUUUAUUCCCGAAUAUGGAAGACCACGGAGUGCUCCAACGAGAAAAACCAGAAUUAAUCCGAAAAGAAAAAGGCAUCCGUUUGUUCGGUCAAUUAAUAUUAAACAAGACAUUUUUAUUAUUGUUUAUAAGAACUUUGGAGAGUAAUCGUUAUUUUUCAAUGAGAGACAGAGUAAAUGUUGCUUCUUUGAUUAUGGUGUCAUUGCAAAGCAAAAUGGAAUACUGUACAGAUAUAUUAAAGACUUUACUUGCAGAACUAAUUGAAAAAUGCAUGGAAGGUAAUAGCCAUCCAAAGUUACUUUUGAGACGUACAGAAAGUGUUGCAGAAAAAAUGUUAUCAUCAUGGUUUACUUUUCUAUUAUAUAAAUUUUUAAGGGAAUGUGCUGGAGAACCUCUAUAUUUAUUGUUUAGAGCAAUGAAACAACAAGUCGAUAAAGGACCAGUUGAUGCAAUUACUUCUGAAGCAAGGUAUUCGUUGAGCGAAGAGAAACUGAUAAGACAAUCAAUAGAUUUUAUUCCAAUGACCGUAUAUGUUUCGAUUUCCCAACAAACUGCAUUCGUCACUGGACUCGACCCAAACACUGAAAAUAUACCGGUUAAAGUAUUAGACUGUGAUACAAUUUCACAAGUAAAGGAAAAAGCAUUGGAUACUAUCUAUCGAGCGAUGCCUUGUAGUCAACGACCCCGCACGUGUGAACUCGAUGUUGAAUGGAGAACCGGCACUUCUGGUCGUUUAAUUCUAUACGACGAAGACUCAACAACAAAAGUGGAAGGAGAAUGGAAGAAACGGAACACUUUACAUCAUUAUAUGGUUCCAGAUGGUGCAUAUCUAAACUUGGUUUCUGUCAAACAAAUGUCAACCUACAACUUAUCAAUACUUUCAGACCGCAUGGACAAACACAAAUAUGAAACUUUAAAUUUAACGAAAUUCAACUACGAUAGCCCGCCAUAUAGCAGGGCUACAUCGCCACUGAACAAUGAUCAGGAUGGAGGUCUCAAAUGUUGGCAUUUAGUCAAACAUCAUGAUAACGAUGCACAAAAAGAAGGUGAACGUGGUAAUAAAAUGGUAUCAGAAAUAUAUCUUACGCGUUUACUAGCUACCAAAGGUACUCUACAAAAAUUCGUAGACGAUUUAUUUGAAACAAUUUUCAGUACUGCGCACAGAGGAAGUGCUCUGCCUUUGGCUAUUAAAUAUAUGUUUGAUUUUCUCGAUGAUCAAGCACUUCAGCAUGGUAUCUCUGAUCACGAAGUUGUACAUACGUGGAAAAGCAACAGUCUUCCUUUGCGUUUUUGGGUGAAUCUUAUCAAAAAUCCCAACUUUGUUUUUGAUAUACACAAGUCCAACAUAGUUGACUCAUGUCUAUCAGUUGUUGCUCAAACAUUCAUGGACUCGUGUUCGACUUCAGAUCAUCGACUCGGUAAAGAUUCGCCAAGCUCAAAAUUACUUUACGCCAAGGAUAUUCCGGUGUACAAAGACUGGGUAGAUCGUUACUAUUCAGACAUAAAAAUCAUGCCAGCAAUAUCGGAUCAGGACAUGAAUGCUAUGCUUGCCGAAGAAUCAAGGAUUCACAUGACAGAAUUUAAUACCAAUUGUGCUUUGUAUGAACUCUACAUGUACGCUGCCAAGUACAACGAACAGCUAAUGGUAACACUCGAAGAAGACGAAUUUUCCCAAAAACAGCGACUGGCGUAUAAAUUGGAACAAGUGCACAAUUUCAUGAUGGUAGAGAAAUAAUUAGGGGCCAUUAAUCAAAAGACGGUUAAGAUAAUUGCUCAAUACCGAGUAUGAGUGGUUCAAUGGGGUUCGCUAAUUUCAGCGAUUUUAUACAUUGUGGUAUGUAGAAUGUAAGAUGUUUUUUUUUAAUAUACAAAAAAAAAAACAAUUAAAUUAAUAACAAUAUAUAAAUGUUUAAACAAAAUUUAUAAAUGGUAGAAAUAAGACGAUUUAUAUAGAUAGGAUAACCAUAAUAUAAAUACGCAUAAAAAUAUAGUAAUAAAUUAACAUAUCUUUGCCUAGUUCUUGCCAAUGAGAUGUUACCAAUACUACUUACUCCAAAAAUAAAACAUUUAAACCUACAUUUUUGGUUGCUUUUCAACAAUCUUAAAUAUAAGCAAUUUUUUUUUCAUAUAUCCGUCCAAAUUUUCUACCAUUCUUUGCCCUCGAUAUGUACUUUUAAUUCAAAUAUAUUUCAACCUAUUCUAUAAGACUGAGUUAAUUUUAAUUUAGUUUUUUUUUUUUGUAUUCAUGAUUUAUUGUUUUUCAUUUGAUCACUGCUUUUGGCACCGCUCUAGUUAAUGCACAUAAAUAAAUAAAUUACCGAAUAACAGAAUAAUAUAAUAUAUUGCUCCAAAAUAGUGUGUUUUUUUAUAUACAUAUAUAUAAAUAUAUAUUUAUACCAUUCCAAAAAUAUAACAAAUGUUAUAAUUCCAAUUUUGUAUUCAGUAUUACCUCAUAUUUGAUAAAAAAUAAAAAUAAAAUAAAAAAAAUUAUAUUAUUUUAGAUUAUAAUCGUAAGUACCUAAUGAUUAAAUAUUUUGUACUUCUGUAUAUUUUCUCAAUAAUUAUUAAUUUUAUUAUUAUGGUAACAAAUUUUUAUUUGCACAUUAAAUUAAAAAUUAAUGUACCUCUUUUCCCAAUUAUAAUGUGUAUUUGUGGUAUGUGUUGUGUAUAUUUUUGUUGAUUUUGUUAUUCAUUUUUUAUUGUAAUUUUGUAUUAUAUUACCUAGUCUUCAUUUUGAUUUUAUGCUUUGUUUUUUUUUUCAAAUUUUUAUUUAUUCAUUUUAUAGCUUUUAUCUAAAAAAAAAUAUACAUGCGUACUUUUUAUUAACAUAUAGAAUAAAAUUGUAUUCACGUGUCAGUUAUCAAUAGAUUCAACAUAUUUUUUGUAUUUCAUUUAUUUUAUUUUACAUUGAUUUAAAAAAACUCACUAAAGAAUAGAUUACCUAAUUUAAACUGCAGUGGUUAAAACAUUUUAAUAUUAAUUUGUUUGUGGGCGCCUUUCGAGAAAAUGACUGUAAUUUAUUUUAAAUUUAUACAAUGUUAUGAACAUUAAAAAGUAAAUUUUAGGUUUUUUCUGUAAAAAUAAUGGUCUUUUUGUGUAUUAAAUUUAAAUAAUCAAAAUGAGGUGGUUGUAUUCUCAUUAUAUUUAUGUUUACUUAUUAUUUUAGUCGGUUGAUUUACUUCAUAAGCGUAUCAAAAAAAAAAAAAAAAAAUAAUAGUUCAAAACUACUUGACAACAAUGAAUCGACGACAAAUUCGUUACUCCCUCUAUUGGUAAUCUAAAACUACAAAUUACUUUAAAACAAUUAUGUGUCUCCGUUAAAGAUUUUUGGUUGACAUUUGCCACUCGAUUAACGAACGAACAGCUUUAAACGAUUGUAAUUACUAAUUACUUAUUAUAUAUAUAUAUUUAUAUAUAAAAAAUAGGCCACCAAUAUUUAUCGUCGAACCAUGAUAAUAAAGUUAUUAUAAUGACUAUGCAACUACCCCAUCAUAUAUCUAUACAUAUUAUAUUUACGGCAUUUGAUUUAUUGUGCCCUUUAAAUUUAAUUUAGGUUCCUAUAGCGUAAGAGUAUAAUAUAUUGUUAAAUAAUUACCCUUUUGUCCUGUCCAAAUAUAAUAAUAAUAUUAUGUAAAUAUAAAUAAUUAUUAUAUAUUAUAAUAAACAUAUAAUACAAUAUUAUGUAUGUAUAUAUAUUAUUUUGUAUGUAAACGUAUAUUAUUUAUGUAUAAUAUACAAAUAUACGUAUAAGUAUAUUAAUUAAAACAAUAAUUUAUAUUAUGUAUAUAUGAUAUUAUUUGUACUGCGUGUUUUUGUGUACUGUUUGUGAUUGUGUGUAAAUAAAUUAUUAUAAUUGCACACGUAAUGAUUUUUUUUUUAUUUAUUUAUAAAAUGAAUGUGAUGAAACGGAAGUGGAACCGCUACGACGAUAUAAUAAUAUAUAUUACACACAUAAAAUAAUAAUAUACUUUACAUAAUAAUGUGUAUCAACUAUCAAUAGUAAUAAACUAUAUAUAUUAUUAUAACCAUUUGUACGUGCGAUAUCGAAUAUUAUAAAUUUUAAAAAAAUGUGAGUGAUAAAAAAUUGAAUUAUUGUUUAUGGUGAAUUUGUUGUAAGACUUUGAGAGAAAAAAAUAAACGACAAAAAAAUGAAAAAAUUUUAAAACAAAA